CUCUCCGCCUUCUCCUCUCUCUCUCUGUCUUUCUUUCUCCCUGGACUUCUCUUCCCAGCCUCUCAUUUGCUCGUUCCUUCUUCUUCGCCGGUGCCAUGAUCCGACACCAAGAGACGCCGUCCUCUUAUCAGGAGCUGAGUGAUGAAGUAGAGCAGGCGGCUGUAAAUGUUGAGGCAUCUGAGGAACAAGAAGAUGAUCAAGAAGAUGCCAGCUCAGCCAUCCUUCCAGUCCUAGACGGCGGCAGUACUUCCACGCGUUUCAGCAAGUCUUGCCUAAAGAAUGUCUUCUCCGUAAUUCUCCUCUUCAUCUAUCUGCUGCUGAUGGCCGUAGCCAUCUUCCUGGUCUACCAAACUAUUGCCGACUUCAGGGAAAAGCUCAAGCACCCGGUGAUGUCCGUCUCUUACAAGGAGGUGCCCACAUAUGACGCACCAGGUAUUGCCCUUUUCCCAGGGAAGGCUGAACUCCUGACCUGCAAGCAUCACUUCUAUGAUUACAUCCCUCCUCUGGUGAACCCAGGUCAGCCAGGAGAAAUCGAAUGCUUGACAGAGACGGUUAACUACACGGCUCCUUUUACUAAUGAAACCAAGAAACAUGCCAUCAUUGUUGAAGGGCCUCGGGAUGUAAAGAAGCGGGAACUGGUCUUCAUGCAGUUCCACCUCAAUGAGACAGACCAGGACUUCAGUGCAAUAGACUACCUUCUUUUUAAUUCAUUCCAGGAGUUCCUCAGCAGUCCUAACAAAUCAGAAUUCAUGAAGGUAUGUGAGAGCUCCUACUCCAGCUGGAAGUUUUCCGGGGGUUUCCGUACCUGGGUGAAAAUGUCUUUGGUGAAAACAAAAGAAGAAGAUAGCAGGGAGACGGUUGAAUUCCGACAAGAGAUCAGUGUGGUCAACUACAUUGAACGGAGGACAAAAGCAGAAGGAGAUCAACUAUUUUUUGUAGUCUUUGAGUGGAAAGAUCCAUUCAUUCAAGAAGUUCAGGAUAUUGUUACUGCAAAUCCUUGGAACAUGAUUGCCCUUCUGUGUGGAGUUUUCCUGGCUUUAUUUAAAGCAGCAGAUUUUGCUAAACUCAGUGUGAAGUGGAUGAUAAAAAUACGAAAACGGCACCUCAAGAGAAGAAGUCAAAUCUUGAACCAUAUAAGCUGAGGACCGAAUGUUAAAGAGUUUUCUGUUACACUGGAGAAUACAAGCAAUGUAAGAUUAAAGCAGUAAAGCAGUUGCACAGAGGGGAAAACUGAACUGACAGAAAGGCUGCUUGCUUUGAUGGACUCUAAAUGAACCUGACACUUGACGUUUUAGAGAGCUACUAACUUUUAUAAAGACUUCUACUAAAAGAUAGAGGGAGGGCACUCCUUUACUAGACUAUUGUUAAAUAGUAGGAAAAUCUUGAAAUAAUAUUUUAUCCCUGUAGCAAAAUUCACAUGUGGAUAGACAGAGCCUUUGUUUCAUAGUGAUGCAGAAGUGGGGUCUUUUAAACACAUCUGUCAAGGUUAAAAUGGCUUGUCACAUUGAGUUUAGAACAGUAAUGAAUUUAGUAAAUCCUGUCCUGUGCCCAAGGCAGAGUUUUUAUCUGUAACAUGUUAUCUCAGGGAAAUAACCAUAAAAGAGAGGGGGAAGGAGUGUUUUUCAGUUCAACAGCUUCACUCAGUUUCAGAGAAGUUCUUGAGGGCCACAGUCCAGUGGCAGGAAGGCAAAAGGGGGAAUGCAAAAAAAAAAAAAAAAAAAAACCAGCAUAUUUUACUGUCACCAAAUAUCUGAAGGGGUCUUUUAGAAUGAAAAAGGUUAUAUAUAAAAUAUGGGAAACUCAUAAGGAAAGAAAGCCAGAUGAUUGGAUUGAGGGUCUAGGAGGACCAAAUACAGUCUCAGAGGUUUAUGUUCCUCUCCACUUCCACAAAGGGUUAUUAACCUCAAAAUAUGCUAUCCACUAGAGCAGUGGUUCUCAACCUGUGGGUCCCCAGGUGUUUUGGCCUACUACUCCCAGAAAUCUCAGCCAAUUUAUCAGCUGUUAGGAUUUCUGAGAGUUGAAGGCCAAAAGAUCUAGGGACCCGCAGGUUGAGAACCACAGCAUUAGACUGUGGUGCUAGAGGAAUACCUGAUCUGAUUCAAUUUUUAAUAGCAUUUUACAAAAAUGUUUCAAGACUUUCUCUGAAUUUUGAUCAUCAUGAGUUGGCUUUAUGGCACCCAAUACCAGGCUUAUCAUACCUGCAGUACUGUACUCUUUUAGUAACAUAUAAUUAAUAAAAGAACAUGGUAAGCUAAUAAAUGUAUUAUAAAAAUAUCCCCUGUAUGAAAGCCAGAACACUGAAAAGAUAUUACUUUUAUCAAUUGUUUUGUUAUUUGAUGCAAAUAUAUUUAACUGCAUUUGAAGUUUUUCAAUAAAAUUCUACUUAUGAGCUAUAUAA